AUGCUGAAAGCAUUCACGGUCAGAACUUCGUUGCAAAGAGCAGCCUCCACAAGACAGCUGGUCUACGAAGGAUAUGGAAAUCCGCCAGAAGUAUUUUUAAAGUUUGAAAACGUUGAAAAAAAAAUAUUUUUUAGGCUAUCCAACUGAAAAGAGCUACGAUAAAAGACAAGCCGUCGAACGAUCAAAUUCUCGUCAAAUGGAUUGCAGCUCCUAUCAACCCAGCAGAUUUGAAUCAGAUUCAAGGUGCCCAGUUCAGAAACGCUCUUAUUUCUGAAAAAUAUUGCAUUGCAGGUGUUUACCCAGUAAAACCGACACUGCCAGCGAUUGGAGGAAACGAGGGAUUCGGUAAAGUGCUGAGUGUGGGCUUGAAUGUGAGCAGUAUCAAAGUGGGAGACCACGUAAUCCCCAAUAAAUCGGGACUGGGAACAUGGCGAGAACUCGGUCUACACUCUGAAUCUGACGUUUUCCCCAUCGACAACGCGAUUCCUCUGGAAUUUGCUGCUACUUUCCAAGUAAGAAAAGGUUGUCUAGCAUCUAAAAGCUGAAUAAUUGCAGGUUAAUCCUCCAACCGCCUACCGUAUGCUGAAGGACUUCAUCAACCUGAAGAAGGGCGACACAAUCGUUCAGAACGGAGCGAAUUCUGCCGUCGGCAAACAAGUCAUUCAAAUCUGCCGAAUUCUCGGAGUCAAAUCGGUCAACGUGGUUCGAAACAGGGAGAAUCUCGGCGAGUUGGUGGACGAACUGAAAGAUUUGGGAGCUGAUGACGUUAUCACUCAAGAAGAACUCUAUGGGAGGAAGAAGAAAUUCCCGGGAGUGAAACUGGCUCUCAACUGUGUUGGCGGACGCAGUUCCCUCUUCCUCGCCAGUCUUCUCGAUCACGGAGGUUGCAUGGUGACCUACGGAGGAAUGAGCAAGCAGCCGGUCGAGUCGCCCACGGGACCGCUCAUUUUUAAGGACAUCUCCCUUCGAGGCUUCUGGAUGUCGAGAUGGUACGAUGUUCAAGAAACUCCGCAAAAGAGACAUGAAAUGUACACGGAGCUGGGGGAGUGGAUGAAGAGCGGAGAGAUAAAGAUGCAGGAGUUCGUCAGAAAUCGACUGGAUGACCACGUGAAGGCCAUCGAGGAGGCGCAGACAAAGUUCGACAAGAAGCAGCUUUUCCUUCUCGAUUGA